AUGCAAGAAUGGAGUCUCAACAUCCCCCCCUCGCGACAAACCCCCGGCAACAUCAGACUUCACUUGCUCCCCCCGUCGUCGCUCAACCUCACCAUGGUGUCAACCAGUGUCAGGUCAGCCAUUGUCGUUGCCUCGGCCCUCGCGCCCGGCUCCGUCGCCCAGCUCUUCACCGUCAACUGCGCGCCGCUGACCUUGCACCGCGGCGAUCCCAUCCUCUUCCCCGGCGUCAUGUCCCCCCAUGUGCACGCCGUCGUUGGCGGCACCAGGUUCGCCCUCAACCUGACCAACGAGCAGGCUCGCCAGGCAAAGGCCACGACUUGCGACAAGCGUCUCGACAAGAGCAACUACUGGCAGCCUCAGCUGUACCAUCAACGACGGGACGGCAGGUUUGAGCUGGUCGAGAUGCAGGGCAUUAUGGCCUUCCCUGCGGUUGGCGACUACAACACGGGUGUGUGCCCCCAAUCUCACCCCGUUGCCAUCCUCUCGGUGUUUUUCGAAUUCUUCUACAAUACCCGAGCAGUCAAGGACUUUAACCGUUGGGUCUGGGCCAUGGGAGAUGUUACCGGAUACGGUCUGCACGGCGAUUACCUCAACGGCUGGGCGGACCAGGGCAGGCUUGACCGUGCCGUCGAGACUUGCACUGGCCCCAAUGGCGUCAACGACGCCGGCUGCAGCUUGAAUGUUGGACCGGAUGGCCCUGGACGUUCGAGCCGUCAACCAGUCGAGGUUGCGCCUCCCAAUGAGGAGAUUGGAUUCAACGGCCCCCUGCACAAGUUGCCUGGUGACAAUCCAGUGACUGGACACCCAGUCCAGGGAUAG